UGUUUUAUUGCUGCUGCUUGACGUGGGUUUAAGCUGCACUCCUUCAGCCUCACUGGUAGUGAGAACAGUUCAACGGACUGUCAGUUAAUUCUUUUUCAAAGAACACUAUGAAUCAAGAGAAGCUUGCCAAACUUCAGGCACAAGUCCGGAUAGGUGGAAAGGGAACGGCCCGCAGGAAGAAAAAGGUUGUUCACAAAACGGCAACAGCUGAUGACAAAAAACUCCAGAGCUCACUAAAGAAACUGGCAGUGAACAACAUUGCAGGGAUCGAAGAGGUGAAUAUGAUAAAAGAUGAUGGGACAGUGAUCCACUUCAACAACCCCAAAGUGCAGGCGUCUCUGUCUGCCAACACCUUCGCCAUCACGGGCCACGCUGAGACCAAGCAGCUGACAGAGAUGCUGCCGGGCAUCCUGAGCCAGCUGGGAGCCGACAGCCUCAGCAGCCUGCGCAAGCUGGCCGAGCAUUUCCCACGGCAAUCAAUGGACAUGAAAGCAGUCAAGGAGGAAAUUGCAGAAGAAGAGGAAGACGAUGUACCAGAUCUUGUGGAGAACUUUGAUGAAGCCUCAAAGAACGAAGCAAACUGAUGAAUCCUUUUUUCCCUCCGUCAACCGUUUUAUUUUUUACCUCUUACGGACUCACAAAGGGCAAUUCCUCUUGUGGGGGAACGGUUGUUAAAGGUGCAGUGCAUCAUCUCCGGAGACGUGAACCACUUCGGUUUAGCCUGCCACAACAACAAACAUACAGUAGGUUUUAAUUUCAGUAGGCUGUGAUAUUGUGGACACGCCGAGAAACGAGAAUCUGUGCGACUCUCAGCACCCAAAGGACUCAAACUACUUUAGAAGCAAGCUUUCUACAUGGUUAAACGUGGCUAGUAUUUAAGAGAUUGUUUAUUAAAUUACAAUUAAAGUGAGUGAAGAAUUCACUUUACAUUAUAGUGGUGAUUAUACAUUUAAUAAAACAUUUUUGGGCUAUU